AUGAAAGAUUUACUGCCUCUUUUGCUGCUAGUAUCCCAGUCACUGGCUGGGACCGUCAAGCAGGCCAAUCGUGCUUCACUUGGUCCUAUUGGCACCAGUAACCCCAACAUCUUGACAGGAGGGACUGUUCAAACCGAUGCUCCCCCUCUGAGUUCUUUCUUUAAAGAUCUUAAAGGGCCUUAUCCAACCAAUGGCUGGUGGGCUCCAUAUGCUGCUCCUCCCGGGAAGGGCACGGCAGCGGGUCCGUUUCCAUACGAAUCGUCGCUAGAUGGAUACGGCAUUUGCUUUGGUAUUGGCCAAGAUCGCCAAUUUGACGGGACUUCCGUCAAGGUGCCGACUCAGCUAGACUACCGGGCUUCAUUCAGUGAACAUAGCGGUGACUUCGACGAUCACAAGGCAACGGCAUUUGACACUCAGACUGUUACAAUUCAGUACUUCCAGGGCAAUUCAUCUAUGAAGGCAUAUCUUGUACCAGGGUCACCAUACAUGACCUUCCAAUACAAGUCUGCAACUCCACUGUUGGCAACGUUGAACGGGGGUAUCAAGUCGCUCAACGGUAAAGCUCUGAGCGGCGGUAAUACCGUGAGACAUCGAGGCACUAAGUUUACCAUCAUCGACACAAAGGGCACCACGUACCUAAUAUAUUCGGACAGAUCCAUCAAGCUUACCGCCAAAGCCGAGAACAAUAACAAAGGAACCCUAUCUGCAGAUGGCAAGUUCUCCGGUAUCUUGCGGAUGGUGAUGCUCAGGGAUCCCAACCAUCAGAAACUCCUGGAUGCCCAUUCAAAGGUGUACCCUAUCUCCCUGUCUCAAGACUAUUCUAUUAGUGGUGAUUCAGGCACAGUGAUAUUCAAGUGGAAGACAAAGGGUACUGGAGAUUUACUAAUGCUCACCUGGCCGCAUCACCGCGAAGUAUUACAGAACCCUAACUCUCCCGGACCAUCCACUCUAAGCUAUUUGACCUUGAAGGGAUGGAUGUACCCAACGCUUGGAAACACUUGGAGAUUGACAUACAAGUUGACCUCGAUAACUUGGAACGCCCCACGCGACGUGGACCCUUCCUGUAAGGAAUCAGUUGUAAACGGUCUCAAGUACGAAGUCAACCAACUUGAUCCCUCCAAGGCUCCUGCGCCAAACGAGUUCUACUACUGGGGCGGAACUCUCGCUGCUAAAUCCCGUCUAGCACUGAUCGCCAAGGAUCUCAUCGACCCUGUUAUCAAAUACCUCAAAGCCUCUUUCGACAACUGGUUUAGCGCCACCAACAAGGCUCUCCCUGCUUACGAGACAACUUGGGGCGGUGUUAUUAACAAAGAAGGCGCCACAAAUGCCUGGGUCGAUUUUGGCAAUGGGUACUUCAACGAUCAUCACUUUCACUACGGUUACUUUCUUCACAUCGCUGCAGUGAUCUCCAAGUACGAUUCGGACUGGUUAGCUCAGCACAGAGAAUAUGUGACCUUUUUUGCUAGAGACAUUAUAAACCCUUCGUUGGACGAUCCCUUCUUCCCCAUCACACGCUGUCUAGAUUGGUUCGCCGGUCACUCAUGGGCAUCCGGCAUCGCCAACGGGGCUGGUAGCCGUGAUCAAGAAUCCGUCGGCGAGGCAGUCAACGGUUACUACGGCGCCAUGCUCUGGGCCACCGUAGCACUUAGCCCAGAACACGCCAACUUUGCUAGACUCCUGCUUGCCAUUGAACAGCAGGCCGCUAAGACAUACUGGCACCUGGACCCGAGCGCUGGUAAAGAUGACGCCAUGAACCCUUAUCCCGAGGCCGAGUUCAGGGAUCUGAUUACUGUCGGCAACGUGAUGGACUGGCAGACGGGGGCGUGGCUGUUCUGGGGCGCUGAGAAGGUGCAGAUUGCUGCGAUUCAGAUUCUGCCUGUUACGCCUGUCAACGAGGUCAUGUACGACACUGAGUGGGUUAGCAACGUCUUCUCCUACACAAUGCCGGAAUUAGCAAAUGCCUCAUACGCCGACUCAUGGAAAUCGGUCAUAUAUGCCGCCUAUUCCAACGCCAACCCGCAAGAGGCUGCGGCAUGGAGCGCCAACUUGAGCGACUGGGGCUCCGGAAACACAUACACGAACGAACUCUACUUCAUCAGCACGCGCCCCAAUCCAAACGGCCAGCCUAUCUGCGGUUCCCUCCCACAGAACCCCUACGGAGACUACAAGAUCCAAGCCACAUCAGGCAAAUACAUCGUAUCCGCAGCCAACGGAGGCCAACUCUCUGCAUCAAGCAAUUCAAGCAAUAGCGCGAGCGUCUUCUCUAGUGCCUAUGUACCCAAUGCUGGGACCUUACAGCUCACUAGCAACAAGCAGUAUGUGACGGCGGAUCAGUCUGGCACCUAUUCGCUGUCGGCAGCUCGCGCGAUUGCUGAUGCCUGGGAGCGGUUCACCAUUCGUCAGAAAGUAGGUGAGAGUCAAGGUGUUUAUUCUAUCAAAGCAGCUAGUAAUGGGAAGUAUGUGAGAGUCGGUAGUGAUGGGACACUGAUCAACGAUGGUGCUGUUGAGAGCGACGCAACUGGGUUCCGGUUUAUCAAGGUCUGA